UCUAAUUACGCAAAGUUAAAUCGCACUAGGCUUAGCUCAAAAUCGGCCCAAGAAACAAUAUGAGCCAACCCAAGGACGUUGCUCUUUCUUCAAUCUCUGCAGUGAUAUUCAACGGGGCUUUAAUUUCUUGAACCUCCGUGUAUAUGCCAUGAUGAGCCCCCCCUCUUACGUCAUGCAUGCUUGCAGCGCCCGUGCUAAUAUUCAUCUCACCAUGAUGUUCUCCAGAUGUCCCUUGCCCCACUGCCCAUGCGAUUCUACGAGCCCCCCGGAUGCCGUCGUCAUAAACGUUGAGGCUAGCACUGCCGUUAAAGCUCGCCACGCUGCGGUAGAGAUCCUAGUCUAUCAGUGUACCUGGGACAGCGAACAUUCUCCUUGCGGCUUGUUCAUUGAAGCUACACCCAUAGACAUUCUCUCCCAUCUCCGACAACACCAUGGUAUCUCGCACAAUGCCAACGAGAAUCUCGAAUGCCGUUGGAGUUCAUGUUCGGCAGACGGACCUUUGAAGAUGGGGAGUAUCUCGAGGCACAUCUUGAAACAUCUGGGUAUCCACUUCAGGUGCACGGGGUGUGAACUUGUCAUGGCUCGUGAUGACGUCGUUCGAGCCCAUAUUAGAAGGCUUCCUGGCUGUGCUGACGCUGCGGUCCAGCUGGUUCCUGCCUUAGGAGCUCGGCAGAUAGUCUCAGCGUAGGUUUCUUGUACUGGACGCGUGGAUUUACCUUUUGCCGAUGUAUUUACUUUAGUUGCUAAUUACUAUAUUCGUACUAGAUGAUUCCUUCGACAAAAAUGCGGUAUUGGUGUAGAUUAGUAUUUGCCAGCCUUGAGGUGAACCGAAACGAAAUGAAGUGGAAAUUAUGUAUACUUCGGUAGACUUGAAGCGAUGCGGACCAAGCCAGUCGGGGUGCACUUCGUUCCACUCCACG